UCUACCACCAGGGGUUACGCUCCUACCUCCUGGACGAAAUAAACUUGCGAUUUACGCGUCGAAAGUACACUGGUUCACGAAGAAAAAAAACAGAAAAAUUAUUCGAAUUUCGUGUUACUGUGUAAUUUCGAGCAUACUUGACCAAGAGGGAUAAUAUUUCUUCUUCAAGAUCCUUCGAUUUCGUAUGAUACCAUUUCUCUCGACAAUCAAAUCUUUCGCUUUCAGCCAAGCGAGAAACAGUGAAAGUUAUUGAUUCUCAUUGUGAGCUACGUUUUAGUAAUAUUCCGUGCUCCUUUUUCUGCCAGUUUCAGGAAGAAUAUUUAACAAAAUGAAAGUGGGACUGUUAAAAAAUUUUUUACACUAUUUCAACUUGAAACAAGGCACAGUGUUAAUAGCUGUGUUUCAAUUGUUUACAUCAGGCUUCAGUAUGAUAUUUUUCGUGCUCGCACUGGCACAUGCAAUGGGAAUUCAAGAAAUGGUGGUAAGAGAUACAGAAGAUGCUCUGGAGAGAGAAGCUUUAGAAGACAUAUCCUCUAACCACCUUAAUACUAGGAAAAUGGAUAUGGCUCAUCACAAUGCAACUGGUGCUUGUAAAAUUAUAGCCAGUCAGCCAAUCCUGCGAAUAGCAGAUUCUGUCCAAUUCCUGUUAGAAGAAACGGUUUACUCGAUGUAUUGCGGACUGGUCAUCACGGUGAUACAUUUUAUCUCCACUAUAUUGCUUCUCUACGGUGCGCUAACGAAUAAUCGUCACUUCAUGGCGCCUUGGAUGAUGGUCAUGAUGACUAUAAUAUCAGCGUUGACAAUUUCCUUGUUCCUGGUUGAACAAGACUGCCCCUUUAUCGCUACCCUUGGUGGUAAAGCAGAUAUUUGUGAACGUAUGAUCGUUUUGUUUCUCGUAAUUACCAGCUCUUACGUGUGGUUUGUCGUGUACAGCACUUACAAGAGUCUCGAGACGAAGAAAGGAUUAACUCACAUUCUUCACGGCGUAAAGAAAAAGCCUGUAGUUCCGGUCGUACAAAAACCGAAAGCCGCUCCGGCACAAGCAAACAAACCGUACGAGGUUUAAAGAUAUUACAAAAAUUUAUUGAAGUAGCUACAGAAAAUCGAUUUUAUUCGUUACAAUAAAUGUGAAAUCGCAUUUGAUUACAAAACUCUCGGUACUGAGAGAUAACUUUCAAAUGACAGUGUUUUUUAAACAAAUUACGAAAUUUCAAAUGGAAGGAACGUACAAUUUAAUGGUCAUACGAAUGGUUAUGAAAUUUAAACGAAUUCGAGCACAUCAUCUUUGUCCAGAAAAGAAAAAUUAACAAUUUAACGACAAAGAAAAUGUGGGAUAUUUAUGUUGGAAAAACACUGUACAUUAUCGUAUACAUGACACGACGAAGACGUUUAUUUCACGAAGCUCAAAAGUGAUCUGCAGUACAAAAAGCUUGCUUCAUAUUAUUACAUGUAUUAUAUCUUGCUCAUGCGUUACAAUUGAUAUUUGAACAACUCGCGUUACUUUGAAAUUACAUUCAAAAUACAUUUCGAAGAACGCACAGAAGUUUAAACAUUGUUCUGAAAUUUUCUAAUAAUAAAAUUGCAUAUCGAAAAAGCGGCGACGCAUAUAUCGUAAUAUAUUUUUCAUUUUAAUUAUUGCCAUCAUACACAAAGUUUGUUUAAAUUGAUAACGACGUUUCAUUCAAGGUUUAAGUUUACACCUGAUGAUAUUCUCUCCUUAUGUAAGACUGAUUUUAAUUGCUAGAGUUGCGUAAGAUUAUGAUUCGAAAUAACAAAGAAGAAGACAAAAUACAUCGCUUGUAUCUGAUCAUCGAUAUUUUAUUAUAAACAACAUACAGAGUUUCGUCUCAUAUUCAGUUUUAUUUUAAAACUCGAUGUCAAGUUCUUAAUGAUACUACAAUAACGUUGAUAUUUUCUGGUAAUAUUUCAAUAUUAACAAGUGAAUGUAGUUAUUUCUUGUGUAUAUGUAUAUUAAAUGUAUGGAGAUCAUAAAAAUAAAGAUUACAAAACUCUAUUACGUUA